AUAGAAAUAGCAGCAGGAGUAGUAGUAGUGAUAGCAAAAGUGGUAGAAAAGGACCUUGAAAAAAAGCAACUGACGCGUGCUCGCUGGACGCAGAUUAUCGCAGCAACCGGUUCCAUGCGGUUCGGCUGUCCGACCGCGGCGCGUUCUUUUUUCAAAUAACAUUAAUAGUAUCAUGUCGCUCGUCCGAACACUGUGGCUGGUAGCGGUGUUCGCGCUCACGCUCAGCAUCCAGCCGGGCCACGGCAUGGCUUACACCGUAUUCACGGCCGUACUCAAAUAUUACCGAUCCAUAGCACCAGAGCCCGUAGACGCCGUCCCGGAUGCCGCGUACUUCGAAAGACAGUACGACUUCAUCGUGGUGGGCGCCGGUUCAGGAGGUUCCGUGGUAGCCAACCGGCUAACUGAAGUACGAGGAUGGACGGUUCUGCUGUUGGAAGCUGGUGGCGAAGAGAACGAACUGACCGACGUGCCGUUACUGGUCAGCUAUCUGCUCGACAUCGGCUACGACUGGGGUUACCGGACGGAGCCGCAAGAAGGCAUAUGCGGUGCCAUGAAAGACCGGCGGUGCCGGUGGCCGCGAGGUAAGGCCAUGGGUGGCACUAGCGUCAUCAACUACAUGGUGUACACGCGCGGCGUAUCCGAAGAUUACGACAACUGGGAGCGACUUGGAAAUCACGGAUGGAGUUAUGCGGACGUCUUGCCCUAUUUCAAAAAGUCCGAAGACGUUGGUAAAACGACCCCGCUGGCCGCGUCUCCAUACCACGGCGUCGGCGGCUACUUAAAGGUGCAGGAACCCACGUGGAAGACGCCGUUGGGCCCUGUGUUUUUGCGGGCCGGCCGAGAACUCGGUUACCAGGCCCCGGUUGAUCACAAUGGGCCCCAACCGUUGGGUUUCUCGUACGUGUUGGCCAACACAGACCGAGGCACCAGGUGCAGUGCGUCCAAAGCGUUCUUGCGGCCCAUCAGAAAGCGGCGUAACCUGACUGUAACCAAAAAGUCGUUUGUCACCAAAGUGCUUAUCGACCCGAACACCAAAAGGGCGUACGGGGUCAAAUUUGUCAAGAACAAACGAACUGUGACUGUUUUCGCACGCAAAGAGGUGAUUUUAAGCGCGGGUGCGUUGAACACGCCUCAACUGUUGAUGUUGUCCGGCGUCGGUCCGGCCGACCACCUGACCGAAAUGGGCAUUCCCGUGAUCAAAGACCUGAAGGUGGGCUACAACCUACAGGAUCACGUGUCGAUGGCCGGCCUAGUGUUUUUGGUCAACCAGACGGUGACUAUCGUGGAGAGUCGGUAUAGGCACCCCAAGUAUUUCUUGCAGUACGCCAUCGACGGCAUGGGUCCUUAUACCAUUCCGGGCGGUGCCGAAGCCGUCGCCUUUACGACCACUCGUUACUCCGACAACAGCACUGCUUCGGUUCCGGACAUGGAACUAGUGUUCGGACCGGGGGCGCUCACCGGUGACACCGGCGGGUCGCUGCACCGAUUGCUGGGCAUGGAUGACGAGUUUUUCGAACGCGUGUACGGCGCUUACAGUGGUCGCGACGCCUGGGGAUUGGUUCCUAUAUUGCUCCGGCCCAAAAGCCGUGGCCGUAUUAAGCUACGAUCUGCCAACCCGUUCCAAUUCCCGAUGUUCUACGCCGGUUACUUGACGGACCCUGUCGACCGAAAAGUGCUGAUCGAAGGCAUCAAACAGGCCGUCGCUGUAAGUGAGACUAACGCUUUCCAGAAGUACGGUUCCAAACUGUUGCCGGUACCAUUCCCAGGUUGCGAGCACGAGGAGUUCGGUUCAGACGCUUACUGGUGGUGUGCUACCGGCCUGGUGUCAACCAACUUACAUCACCAGGUGGGCACGUGCAAGAUGGGCCCAGACUCUGACCCUGAUGCCGUCGUAGACCCUAAGUUACGCGUUCGCGGCAUCAAGGGCCUUCGAGUGGUCGAUGCAUCAAUCAUGCCGGUCAUUCCGGCGGGUCACACCAACUCAAUGGUUUACAUGAUAGGCGAAAAGGCCUCGGAUAUGAUCAAAGAAAAUUGGCUUUAAACACUAUCCGGUACAAAGAAAAUGGUAACGAACGAUUAAACUUGUGCCCCUGAGGUAAAUUAAAAAGUAUAGUGUUAACCGUUCAAGUCAAGUGGAUUAAUUGUAAUUGUAAUGGCGGAAUGCAAAUGUGACGUUUGAUAAUUGAAAAUGGUUUAAUUGGAAUUGAAUGAUUUAAAUUACAACAUGUUAAUGUAUUGCACAAUUAGAAAUUACAGUAACUCUACAAAGCAACUGCACUACGGUAUUAGCAUUUACAUAACCGUCCCAAUUACCCCCAUGACCCUGUAGAGAUGGUAUGUAUUUCUGAAUUGUGCGUUUAGCCAAGACUCAAAAGCUUUCAACUAAAACUCAUAUUUUUAUGAAAAAGAAAAACACAUGUACAUAUUUUGCUCAAUAAGUUACUAUUUAGCCGGGUCGGCUGCUUUAUAAUUUUACAUUAGUAGGCAUCAAAAUUGUUAUUAUUCUGUACAAAUCGCCGUCUAUCCAUAAGUAUUCCACACAAACACAAGUCACUCCAUUUUUUAUGUAAUGUUUUUUGUACAUAUGUAUGUUUAUAGUAGUAUUAUUAAAUUUUUUGAACGCGCAGACCGACUGACCUGACUCGGGCGCCAUAACACAUGUCGGUUGUGUUUAUUUAUAAUAAUAAGUUUACUUUCACAUUGUUACUUAUUAGUUAUUUCUCGACUACUUUUCAUCAUUCCGUUUAGAUGACUAGUAUGGUGAUUUAGUUUCCAAGUCUCACGCUUAAAGUUUUGAUAAUUGCUGUCAUAAUAUUUCCCUGUGAGAUCGAACACUCAAUUUUCUCCGUGUAAGAUAAACCAAGACCGAUUAAUUUGUAAUAAAUGUAUUUAUAUUUUAGCCUAAUUUAAUGAAUUAAUCUAUAUGUAUUUAUGACUUGUAAUAUUUGUAACAUGAUGUUUAUAACUAUUUUUAAAAAUGAAAUGUAUUAUCUAGUCAGUUAAUGACAUUAUUGCCACUGACAUGCUAAUUUAAUAUUGUAUUUAAUUUUUAAGGUAACCAACGGAAUCUAAUGACGUAUUUUCAUAUUAAUAUACAUAUAUUAUAUAAAUUAUUUAUACAUACAUAAUUAUACCUGAAACCAACAUAUUGUAUAUGAUAAUAAUAUGAAAUUA